AAAACUGACAUUUCAUUGUUCAGUAACUCCUUUCCGACUGCUGCCUGUUGCGGUAUGGCGGUCCACUUUUGUACGCUGUUUGCGUUGCACUCAGUACGCUGUUUGCGUAAUACUACCAUAUGUGCGCUUUCUGCGUUCCUUCCGCACGCUGCGGGAACGACCCUCUCUACGCUGUUUGCGUUGCGUUACGCACUCCGCCGUGCGCUGAGGAACGCCAGUUACGUCUCCGUUUCUAAGGGCGCAUUGACAACAAACCGAGCGCUUGCAUUUCCGCCUUCGCCUGCACACAGCAACAUUUACAUUAUACAGGGAAGAACCGUUUUUAGGAAUAGGAUUCUCCUUCGGUUUGGGGUCCGGCUAGGCUGGGGACUGUGUGCGCAGUUGGAAAGUAGCAGCUGCGUGUGUAUCCGUGUGUUCGCAGCCAUUUCGUCAUGGCAGAGUUUGGUUUCAAUGAGCACCACCAAAAUGAGGUGAUCAACUACAUGCGCUUCGCCCGAGCAAAGAGGCUCCUGAGGCUCAAGACUAUAGAAUCGUGUUUUCAGGACCUCAAAGACAGCAGGUUGGUGGAGGAGACCUUCACGGUGGACGAGGUGGCGGAGAUUCUGGAUGGACUGCAGGUGGUGGUGCGGGGUGAGGUGGAGACGGAGCUCAUCAACACAGCUCACACCAACGUGCUGCUUCUCCGCCAGCUUUUCUCCCAGGCCGAGAAGUUCUACCUGAAGCUCCAGACAGACGUCUCGGAGCUGGAGAACAGGGAGUUACUGGAACAAGUGGCAGAGUUUGAGAAAGCAGAGUUUAAAUCCACCAGCAAGAAGACAAACCAAGAAGCCAGCAAACCGAAACUGGCUCCAUUGAAUGAAGGAGGCAUUUCUGAGCUGCUGAAUAAGGAGAUUGCCAGACUACAAGAAGAAAACGAGAAACUCAAAUCCAGACUUCGAACACUAGAAACACAGGCUAUGAAUGCACUGGAUGAAAAAUCCAAGGUGGAGAAGGCUCUCAAAGACCUACAGAAGGCUCAAGGGGAGCAGGAGCAGAGCCCAUGUUCCAAAGACAUCAGCAGCCUGGAGGAUACAAUGGCAGCCCUGCAGGCGGACUUCCAGAAGUCCCUAAGCGACAGCACGGCCUCGCAGAAACAGCUGCAGGACAAUCUGAUUGCUGCCAAACACGAUUUGCUUCGUGUGCAGGAGCAGCUGUCCUUGGCCGAGAAGGAGCUGGAGAAGAAAUUCCAACAGACUGCUGCCUACCGCAACAUGAAGGAGAUUCUGACCAAGAAGAACGAGCAGAUAAAAGACCUCAGGAAGCGCCUGCAGAAGUACGAGUCUGAAGAUUAACUCUGCUGUUCUACCUCGUGUCCAGACAGGCAGAAACGCAAGACCUGAAAAAAGGGAAAGUGAAACAUUUCUCCUCGUUGCCCAAAAACAGGAGGCGGCAGCUUCCCUCUUCGCAAGCUGCGUUCUCCACACAGGACACACCCUGCCUUGGACGAUGACGCUUGCUGUGGAAAACCGAGCUUUUUAGCGCUGCUCCAUGCCCAUAUGUGUCCAGUAGAUGUACUCCGACCAGGUCAGAUUUGCUGACCUCUCAGGCUUUGUAGUUAUUUGCUGCUGGUAGAGCAUUGUGGGUAAUAAAAGACGUCCCGAUCACUUUUGACCGGAGAGACAACGGCUGUAUUAAAUAAUGACUAUAACUGAUACACUAGUUACAGCAAGCACAUUUUGCCCCUUGGGUAUAUUUUGAAUGUUUCCACUAUAUUAUCAUUAAUGUGCUACUGAACCGCAGUUCUUCCACAUGUUGGUCUGGAGAAAUUUUUUUUUUUUUUUUUUUUCCUUUUUGCAUGGAAGAGGGAGUUACGCUGCAGAAGUUGUUUCCACAUUUACUUUUUUCACCUGGUAUCUACCUGUAGCCUCUAAGUUAUGUUUGAUGGAGUGAAUAUAUAUAUAUAUAUUUUUAAAUGUCUGUCUACAGGAAUAUAUUUCAUCAGUGGGAAAAAUGAUCUAUUUUUACAAAACCCAACAGAUGCCAGUGUAAGGCCGUCGGUAAACGAGA